AUGACGAUCCGGCUAUCCACGCGCAUCUCCAUCCGCUGGGGUGAUGAUUCGCCGUCCGAGCCCACAACCACACUCGUGAUGAGCGUUGACGGCUAUUUCAUGGACUUGCGCGUGAACAAGAGUGACGACUCAGUGGACUGGGCAUUUGCCGGGAGGAGGGAGAUUGUGUCCCAGGAUCCUUUACACUGUAGGUGGCAUCAUAUCAUUGACUCGCGGCACAUUUUCGACCCCGACGAGGGCGAAUUCGAGAAUCUCUCUAAUGGAGACAGUCUGGAGACGGGAAGCAUGUCGUGCCCCGAGAAAGGCGGAGUGGUAACUCCAUACGAGGAAGUGUGGCGCUCCAUACAGCCAACUGCAGGACUUGAGCGGGGAUGGAUUCUUCAGCGCGAAGAGGAUGACGGCAGCAAGACCAUCACGUUUCUGGGUCGGGUAGGCAGUGUUUUCUUUGCCAUGAAGCAACAGCCUCCCAGCGGGCAUCUCACUGUUCGAAGAGAGGAGCUCCAAACGGCCGAAGCCGGAUCCGAUAAAGCUCCACAAUGGGUCACAAAGUAUCACUCAGGAAAUGCCACUCUGCCGUCCUUGGCGAACGCAGGCCUACUCAACUUUCCAGAUGAAUUGACAUGGAAGGUCGGCGAUGAAGUGACUAUCCAGGGUCAAUUGUACACGGUUCGCGCUCAGCAUUCAUAG